GGGGCGCGGGCGGCACGCCGCUUCCAUGGCGCGGCGCUGAGGGACCCGCCGGCGGCACACCGACACCGCGACCUGCAGCAGCAGCAGGAGGAGGAGGAGGAGGCGCCGCCAGCCCUGCCCUGCCCCGGACUUAAAAUGGCAGGCGAAGAUUCCUAUAUUAUGGGAGUAUCUGAUCCCCAAAUGUUUGCAAUGGAUCAGUUCAUGGGAAUGAAUGCAUUAUUUAAUAGCACAAAUUACAUCACUUCGGACUUGCCAAUACGAACAGCAGACGGACCGUAUCUUCAAAUCAUAGAACAGCCAAAACAGAGGGGGUUUCGUUUCCGAUACGUGUGUGAAGGACCUUCACACGGUGGAUUACCUGGUGCUUCUAGUGAAAAGAACAAAAAAUCUUACCCUCAGGUCAAAAUCUGCAAUUACGUUGGACCUGCAAAAGUAAUUGUCCAGUUAGUAACUAAUGGGAAAUACGUCCACUUACAUGCUCACAGCUUGGUGGGUAAAUUUUGUGAAGAUGGAGUGUGCACAGUUAAUGCAGGACCUAAAGAUAUGGUUGUAGGGUUUGCAAAUCUUGGAAUACUUCAUGUCACGAAGAAGAAAGUGUUUGAAACCCUGGAAACACGCAUGAUAGAUGCUUGCAAGAAGGGUUACAACCCUGGACUCCUGGUGCAUCCUGAACUCGGCUACCUGCAGGCAGAAGGAUGUGGAGACAGACAGCUAACUGAGCGAGAGAGAGAAAUUAUCCGCCAGGCAGCGAUACAGCAGACUAAAGAAAUGGAUCUCAGUGUCGUGCGUCUCAUGUUUACAGCCUUUCUUCCUGACAGCAAUGGCAGCUUCACACGGAAACUUGAUCCUGUUAUAUCAGAUGCAAUAUAUGACAGCAAAGCUCCCAAUGCCUCCAACUUAAAAAUCGUAAGAAUGGACAGAACAGCAGGGUGUGUGACAGGAGGGGAAGAGAUUUACCUUCUCUGUGACAAGGUUCAGAAAGAUGAUAUUCAAAUACGUUUCUAUGAAGAGGAUGAGAAUGGUGGUAUGUGGGAAGGCUUUGGAGAUUUUUCUCCUACAGAUGUACAUAGACAGUUUGCUAUUGUGUUCAAAACCCCCAAGUAUCGCGAUGUCAAUAUCACAAAGCCGGCGUCUGUGUUUGUGCAACUGCGUAGGAAAUCAGAUCUGGAAACAAGCGAACCGAAGCCUUUCCUCUACUACCCGGAAAUUAAAGAUAAAGAAGAAGUGCAGAGGAAACGACAGAAGCUCAUGCCUAACUUCUCUGAUGGCUAUGGUGGAGGCAGUGGCACCGGAGGUGGUGGCAUGUAUGGAGGGGGAGGUGGCGGUGCUGGCUCUGGCUUCAGUUAUCCUUCAUAUGGAUACUCUACUUUUGGAGGGAUGCAUUUCCACCCUGGCACAACGAAGUCCAAUGCUGGAAUGAAACAUGAAGGACUAUCACAUAGCUCAGCUGAACAAAGCAGGAAGAGCUCUGAUAAACAAAGUGAUAAAUUGGACACAAAACACGAUGUGAAGGUGGAAACUGUGGAGAGGACUGCGUGCAGAAUGUCUGCUGAUCAUGAGGAGAAAGAGGGUGCUGCUUCUUCCUGUAAAACUGAAGUAAACGAAACAGAUUUCAGGUGGCAGGAUUCUCUGUUCCUGGAGAAGGCCAUGCAGCUCGCCAAGCGUCACUGCAACGCUCUCUUUGAUUAUGCUGUGACCGGAGAUGUGAAGACGCUGUUGUCUGCUCAGCGCCAUCUCACUGCUGUCCAGGAUGAUAACGGAGACAAUGUCCUUCAUUUAGCAAUUAUCCACUUUCAUACUGAGCUGGUGAGAAACCUCUUGGAAGUGAUGCAGGACUUGAAUUACAAUGACAUCAUUAACAUGAGAAAUGACCUCUAUCAGACCCCCUUGCACUUGGCAGUAAUCACAAAGCAGGCAGAGGUGGUGGAAGACCUGCUGAGGGCUGGAGCAGAUGUCAGCCUCCUGGAUCGCCACGGUAAUUCUGUCUUACAUUUAGCUGCUACCCAAGGAGACGACAAGAUCUUGAGUCUGCUCCUCAAGCAUGAGAAGGUAUCUCCGAUGGUCAACCUUUCCAAUGCUGAAGGUCUCAGUGCAAUUCACAUGGUGGUGAUGGCAAACAGUAUGUCCUGCCUCAAACAGCUGAUUGCUGCUGGAGUUAAUGUCAAUUGUCAGGAACAAAAGUCUGGACGGACUGCAUUGCAUUUGGCUGUUGAACAAGAGAACAUCCCUUUGGCAGGCUGCCUUUUGCUUGAGGGUGAUGCAGAUGUGGACAGCACUACAUAUGACGGGACAACUCCACUUCACAUAGCAGCUGGAAGGGGCUCUGCAAAAUUGACAGCAGUUCUCAAAGCAGCAGGUGCAAAUCCUCACAUUGAGAACUUUGAGCCACUGUUUGAUCUAGAUGAUGUGAAAGAUGCUGAAGAUGAUGAUGAAGGGAUUGUGCCUGGAACAACACCGCUGGAUAUGGCAGCCAACUGUGAGGUGUAUGACAUACUAAAUGGCAAACCCUACGAGUCAACAGAAGUUUUGGAGGACUUGCUGACACGAGGAAACUUGAGAGAGCUGAAUGAAAGUUCCAAGAUGCAGCUUUACAAACUAUUGGAAUCGCCUGAUCCAACCAAAAACUGGUCCACUCUAGCACAAAAACUAGGUCUUGGCAUACUUAAUAAUGCCUUCAGGUUGAGCCCUUCUCCAUCAAAAACUCUGCUAGAUAACUAUGAGGUUUCUGGUGGUACAGUUCAGGAGUUGAUCGCUGCUUUGAGACAGAUGAAUCACACAGAAGCCAUUGAAGUAAUUCAGGAAGCACUAUCCAUCUCACACAGCCCAUCUCACCUGGAGAAGAGCACAGCAAAAGCUCUUCCAUCGUCAUCACCACUCACCUUUGCAAAUGGAGAGACAGGUGAGCUUUAUAACAGCAAAUUUCAAGACAACGAAAGCACAUGUGACAGCGGCGUGGAGACCUCAUUCCGCAAACUGAGUUUUACUUAUUCUGACUCUCUGAACAGCAAGUCAUCACUAACACUGAGCAAAAUGGCCCUGGGCUACGGACAUGAAAGUUCAGUGCAAAGCAAUUAUAUAGCCGAAUAGUAAUGUUCAAUUAGCAAUAUGCA